AUGGCACAAUCAGCUGACCAAUUUAUUAGUACAGCGUCACGACUCAUUCCUGAGUAUGACGGAACUGCAUCCAAUCUACAAAGUUUCCUUGACGGUAUCGAAAUGGUCGAUGAGUUAAAAGGAGAACAUGAAAGAUUGGCAGUUACUUUAAUAAAAACUAAAUUAAAAGGUACAGCUAGGCAAAUAAUAACCACCGAAAACUCGAUAUUAGCCAUAAUAAAUGCUUUAAAAACAAAUAUCAAAGGAGAAUCGGUUGCAGUCUUAACUGCUAAAUUAAUGAAUCUCCAACAGAAGAACAAAACUGCCAACCAAUAUACUAAAGAAGUUGAGCAAUUAACUAAAGCAAUUCAAGGUGCUUACAUUUCGGAUGGGAUACCACCAAAAAUAGCUAUACAAUAUUCAACUAAGGCAUCUGUAGAUGCAAUGGUUAAAAAUUGUACACUUCCUGAAGUCAGACUAAUUAUGAAGUCAGGCCAAUUCAAUAAUUUGAACGAUGCGGUACAAAAAUUUGUAGAAAGCUGCACGGAUGCUACUGGCCGGACAGACACUGUUCUAUUUACACAGCGUCAAAAUACAAAUAAUUAUCGCGAAAACAAUCGCGUGAAUGGAAAUUUUAGAGGUAGAGGAUACUACCGAAAUAAUAAUUACAAUAGGCAGAGACAAUACAAUAACUCUAAUCAAUAUGGAAAUCAGCGAGGACGCGGAAAUAACCGCAGGAUCCAACAUAAUGUUAGAAUAACUAGUACUAAUAAUGGUACUAACCAAAACAAUAUUGGUUCGGAAAACCUGAACCAGCCUCUGAGAGAUUAA